GUAUGGGCGCGGGCUGGGGUAGAGGCCCCUGUAUGGAUGGAGGAACCACCGUCAAGACUCUGGUUCGUAUCUUCGUCAGGAGGCGCCGUGUCCUGCCGAGCUGGUGGGUCGCCUCCUCCUUCAGUCACCUGGGUCAACCGUGAUGGAUCUCCUGUCAACAGCAUCCCCGCCCUCAGACAGGUGCUGAAUAAUGGGACCCUGAUGUUCCUGCCCUUCGCCAGUGAGUCGUUCAGGGCUGCCGUUCACUCCUCCACUUACAGGUGUAGGGCGUCCUCCUCGGCUGGCACCGUCCUCUCACGCGACACUCACGUCAGGGCAGUAGUGGAGCAGUACUGGGAGGUGCAGGUAUACAAUCAGUACGUCCUGGAGGGGAACACGGCGGUGCUACAGUGUAAGGUGCCUCCCUUCGUCAAGGACUUUGUCACUAUCACCUCCUGGACUCAAGGACACACUAACUACUACCCCUCACACAACGCUGAUGGUCGUAUCCAGAUGGUGUCGACAGGCCAGCUAGUGGUGCGUGAUGUUCGGUCGCCAGAUUCACAGCUGGCUUUUCGCUGUCGGGCCGUGCACACACUUACAGGCGCUACCCACGAGUCCGCUAACUCCGCCCGUAUCUACGUCACCGAUGUAAGGAGUGAGUCAGCCCCUCGUAUACCAGAGAUGGAGACACUAGUACGGGUACAACGAGGCACCACCGCCACCCUCCUGUGUCCUGCCAGGGCCACCCAACACCUUCCAUCACGUGGUAUAAACAAGGUAUCAGUGUGGACAUCCUUAAGGCGUCAUGGGCGGGGGGUGGGCGCAAGCAUCCACAGCGAGGGUGUCCGGCCCUGUCUUAACCUUGCUGGCUACUGA